UUUAUGAUUUAUUUUACAGCAAACCUGCCCUAAUUAAGGGGGAGGGGCAAUUUGUAAGGUCCCACAUCUCUUUCCCAGGCCUGUACUUGUUUUCUCCAAAAACUGAAGCGCACCUACUUCUUACCUGCCCUUACACCAGUGCCCCAAUUCCUGCCAGCUGAUGUAGACUGUAUAUAUAUAUAUAUAUAUAUAUAUAUAUAUAUAUAUAUAUAUAUAUAUAUAUUUUAUAGAUAGAAAGAAAUGCCUGCUAUACAUGGCUAUAUUGAUUUUCAGAGAGCAUUGGAUUUCUUUGAUGGCUACAAAUUCUGGCAGAUGAGAGUUGUAGUUCAUAAACACCAGACAAUUACAUGAUGCUCAUAUAGUAUAUAGUUUGACUUAAGAACUUAUGGUUUAGUAAAUAAAAUAACUGUUGUCAUAGAAGAGACGUAUAAAUUGGUUUGUAUGUUAAACCCCCUUUAUUAAAGGUUCAAGUUUACUGAUUUUCACAACCAAAUAAAACACACAUAUUGUCAUUGAGUGAUUAGUGAAGAAUAAAAGAGAUAGAUGACUGACAGUAGCACAAGGUAUCAGGAUAAAACACAAGUGAGCAUUCCCAUAGGGGAGAUUUACAAUUAAGAUCACCAUGGAAUGAGUUUAUUCUAGUUAUAAGCUUGCGGGAAGACACUUUCUUCCCAUUAAGGAAGUUUAUUUAAACACAGGGUGUCCAAUUCAGUGUACAGAACACAAGCCAUCAAAAUAACUCCUGCCCUGAGUGAUAUCUUCAUACAUUUAGUGAGCUACAGAAAUAUAUCGGGGGACUGCUCUCUGUUUAGCAACACCUUUACUGGAGCUUACAUCUCCUACUAUUAUGAAAUUGAAGAUUGUUCCCAUAUUUCUUUGGUCUUUUCUUUUGGUAAUUCCUGGUGGGUGGUGAAUUGUGCAUUACAGACAAAAUCUGCCAGUUUUUUUAAUGCCCAACAUCAGCCAGACAGAAAAUGAGGGAGAUUCUUGACGCGUGGGGGAGAAAGGGGUUUCCCGAUAGGGGCAUAUGGGAAGAAAGGGUGACCCAGACAUUUAAACGUGGCAGACCAGGCUUUCUUUGGGAUUAAAAGAGUAUCCGGUAACCUGCCUUCAUUGUCGAUAUUUUGGUAGGGAUAGUUGCUUAAACCUCCCAUGUUUAGCUAUGUUGGAAUUGUAUGAGUUGGGGCAAUAUAAUAUAACAACUUCAUUCCAAUAUGCAAUUUGGUGAAGAGGGUUUCUAUUGAGAAAGAUAAAAAUGACCUCUUAUCCCCAUACCAGCACUGACAAUGUUUAUUUCCCAUUACAGGAGUCUCAAGAUGGGUGUCCGGAAUUCCUGCAUUCGUGCUACCAAUCCGGACAAUCAUGAGGUUUUGUCUCCAAAACUUUGUGAUAUGCAGCCAAGGUUACAUCUAUUGGCCAAUAAAGAGCAGGUAAUGGGAGAAAUAAAGAAGGAGAUGCGCAUUGCAGCGGGCGCUGAAAAGCUCUACAGAGUGACCUCAGACAAGGAGACCUUAGUCCGUCUGAGGAAGUUUAUGAAGGAGUCGGGGAAAAAGCUGAAAAUUCUUUAUGCCACCCUUCAAAACCUGAAUGUGGCAAUUGCACAGAAGGACCCUGAGAUUCACCCAGGUUCUCCCCAUGACCCACCAACAAAUGCCCCAGAGGAUUCCUGUGUUAGGGAUGAGUCACCAGCAGUUGCCUUGACACCGGAAGAACCAGCCACCACAAGUGAGAGGGACACCACGGCACAAGAUCCAGCACCAGCACUGCCACUGGCUGUCACUGAGGGCAGUGAGAUGUCUGCGGAUGAAGUGAACAUCGGCUCAACUCAUCCAGAAAACACAGCAGAAGACUUUCCACCGGCUGUGACGACGGAACCAGAAGUUUUGCAUUUGACCAACUGCACUCUGCAAGACUUCACCCAACGAGGUUUCCUAGGCGAGGGCGGAUUUGGGAAGGUUCUCCAUGUGCAACACACGGCAUCAAAAAGAUCGUAUGCCCUGAAGAUCCUAAAAAAACAGAAGAUCACCACCUUAAGGGAUGUUGAAAGGAUUUUGGUCGAGAAACGGGUCGCUCUCACAGCAGCUGUCCACCCCUUCACCGUGGAUCUACAUGCCACCUUCCAGUCAGACCACCAUCUCUUCUUCCUCAUGGAGUAUGUCGCUGGAGGCUGCUUAAGGACUCUCCUGGAGAGGGAACGUAAAUUUGGACAACGGAGGACUACGUUCUAUGCUGCGUGCACAGUGCUGGCCAUCUCCUAUUUGCACGAAAAUGGUAUCAUACACCGAGAUCUCAAGCCGGAAAACCUGCUCUUAGACAGCAACGGGUACAUCAAACUGGCUGAUUUCGGACUAUGCAAAGACGGAAUUGGCUAUGGGGACAGAACACGCAGCCUGACUGGAACCUAUGACUACAUGGCUCCCGAAGUCCUCUCCAGGCUGCCGUAUUCAAGAUCUGCAGAUUGGUGGUCUCUGGGCAUCGUGAUCUUCGAGAUGCUAGUCGGGGACCUACCAUGGAUGAGACCAUCUAUUGGCGUCGUCUGCCCAAAGUUCCUGGCUGAGGAUGCAGCUAUUUUAAUAUCAGGGCUUUUACAGUUGGACCCAUGGAUGCGGCUGGGCUCCAGCGAGGAAGAUGCAGGUGAACUAAUGUUUCAUCAUUUCUUUCGAGGCAUUGACUGGCUGGCUUUGGUACAGAGAAAAUUGCAGCCCCCAUUCAUACCGGAGGAUGUUGGACUUUCCGACGAUGGACCCUGUUAUGAACAUCUACUUCUAACACCUCCCUCCGAGGGUUCCUUGGCAAUAAGAAAAGAGAUCGCCGAUGCCUUUGGGAGCUUCGAUUAUUCCGCAAUAUAGAGCUGCGUGAUCAUCCUGCAACGCAAAAAUCAUUGCCAUCACCCGCGUUGACAGAAGAUUGGGGACACAUGAAAAACGGCACAUCAGGUCAUCUUGCUUUCUGUUUCUCUUCCAUCCAGAGCAAUUAGCGGUACCCCUCCUCCUUCCACCAUAGCUCCACCAGCGGUGCCCUAUCUCCUUCUACCGUAGCUCCACCGGCGGUGCCCUCCCUUCCUACUAAAAUAUAGCAUCAUAAACAGGAGCGCACUUAAGCCACUCGGUAAACCCUGCAUUCCUUUUCACUCCAUCCCCCAAGUGUGCAGAAGCCGGGUCUGCAGGCUGCUGGGGCUCCAAUGGAAUGAAACGGAAUGCAGCAUUCACCGAGCUGCUUAACGGUGCUCAUGUUUAAGCUGCCAUAUUGCUUACCGUAAUUCCACCUGCGGUGCCUCCCUUUCCACCUAAAAUAUGGUUUCAUGGGCAGAUGCACCUAAGCCACUCGGUAGUCCCUGCAUUCCAUUUCACUCAAUCCCUCAGUGUGCAGAAGCCGGGUCUGCAAGCUGUCUGGGCUGCCAGUUCUCCAAUGGAAUGGAAUGGAAUGCAGCAUUCACCUAGCAGCUUAAUGGCGCUCAUGCGUAUGCUGCCAUAUUGCUUUCUUUUUCUUUUCCUUCAUUCCAAUUCCACCAGCAGUUGUCCCUCUUAUAUAGUAUCAUAAACUGGAGCACCAUUUAGCCACUCGGUAGACUCUGCAUUCCUUUCAACUCCAUCCCUCAGUGUGCAAAUGCCGGGGUGUGCAGGCUGCCUGGGUUCAAUGGAAUGGAUUGGAAUGCAGCAUUCAUCUAGCUGCUAAACGGUGCUCAUGUUUACGUAGCCUUAUUGCUUUUUGUUUCCCUUCCUGCCACUGUAAUUCCACCAGCAGUCCCUCCCUUCCCAUCUUAAAUAUGGUUUCAUAGACAGAAGCCCCCUUAAGCCACAUGGUAGACCCUUCAUUUCUUUUCUCUCCAUCCCUCAGACUGCAAAAGCCGGGUCUGCAGGCUGCAAGGGACCAAAGAAAUGGAAUGCAGAGUUCACCUAGCAGCCUAAAGGCGCUCAUGUGUAUGCUGCCAUAUUGCCAUCUGUUUCCCUUACCCUCUUUCUCUUGAUUAAAUAUGGCAAAUUGAUCCUGGGAGCAAAUCCGAUUGCCGUUAAGGAGUCAGGAAGGAAUUUUUCCCUCACAAAGGGUUUUUGCCUUCCUCUGGAUCAAAUAGCCCUAUUUAUCCUAUAAUAAUUAUUAAUAAAGCUGUGCGUUUCACAGAUUUAACCAUCA